AUGCUCGUCGACAACAUGAGUCUAGGUCAGGACUACGUCAUCGGUGCGGAUUCUACAAAGAAUCCGCGCGGCAUUCAGCAUUACAAACUUUUCGGACGCCUGCAGUCAAGGGUCACUUGGAAGUUGGCGGGCAAUCUAGGCAGAGAGGAUUACCAAAAUCGCUUCCGUGGACCUCUGAAUGAGGGGGGUCUAUACAUUGAGCGACAGGGCUGGCAUCAACCAAACCCCACCGCCCAGUCCUGGAAGUCUGCAAGCCCCAUUACCGACGGCGUUGUGGGUGGGUGCGGGAGUAGGUUUUUUCACCACGGAAUUUAA